UGUAUGAACGUAGAGUUACAUACAUAAAAUAAAAUUGUGCACACCAAUAUGGUAACUGGGAGAGAUUAAUAAACUGUUGAGGAUCAUAAUAAAAUAUAAAUAUAAAAUGUUUUAAAAAUGUUGAGGUUGUUGGUGUCUACAGUAAUAAUUAAUAUGAUUAUUAUUAUUAAAUCGUGUGAUGUUAAUUAGAGCUCAUCAUUGGGUUAUUUGUUUAUAAGCCAAGAUAAAGAGAAUCAUGUGCGAUGUGUGUGUUGAUUUUCACGACCUUUUGCUCUCAUACGAGGAACGUUCCUCGAAAGAGCCUGACGAGGUUGCCUCUCUUUGUGCCAUAGAUGUGGACAUCAUACUCCACUAUGUUAAUCAAUGGGUUCAAAGACAAUGUAUGUGUUGUUAUCGUGACUCGAAGAACUUUGAGAGGUUUAUACGAUUGACUCAUAGCGUAGUCCUGUGCACACUUCAGCAGCUAAAAGCGAUCCAGAGUAAAAAGGAGGAUGGAGCUGAUAAGUCAACUGGGUGUGAUAAUGAUGACAAGGGUGUGGAGACAGAUGACAAGGAGUCACGAGAGAAAGGAGAGACGAAAGAUGGAAAAGAAAAAGGUUCGGAGUCAUCAGCAGCUGUGGCAACAAGUGAUUAUAAAUCAAAGCACCGCUGGACUCAACAGGAUCGUGAAAAAUUAUUUCAUUUACUGUCAAAGAUAUUUCUUUUGAAUUUUCCUCUGUACAUUGCCAUGAAGCACGGCGGUGCUUUGAAUCCACUUGCGCCAGUUAAAGAUGAAGGGGGAUUUUGCGAGCCUCAAGAUCCUGAAGUACCAGCACCGCUUAUUCGUGUUGUUUCGUUAUUUUGCCGUGAAAACGGUAUAAAUUUAAUGUCUUCCUGCUUUGACAUGGAGGAACCGCUUCCAGUUGGUCUGGCCCACUCUAUGGUAGCUGUAAUUUGUAAUCUUAAAUUGUGGCUUAAUUAUCCAAGUGUUUUGCAAUUAUUUGUGCCACUGAGAAGUAGAGUUAUGAAGUAUAUGUGCCGUCUUGCUGACAAAGAUUUACGAACACCAGCUGUUAGGACAAUGGCUGAUUUUAUGUGGAGCGCUGUUAAAGAUCCAGCAGACGCAGUACUACCGACUUUUGAUCGCGAUGGUUUAGAUUUAGCUUUUAAAUAUUUUACAAGCACAACUUUAACAAUGAGACUUGCUGGCAUCGCUCAGAUAAACGUUCACAUUACCGCGUUCAAUGAAUUAUGCAACAGUGAAACGGUCGCAGAAGUCGAGCAAGUUGGUCAUGCGUUGGCCGCCUGGUUAACGGAAAAUAAUAUAAUAUCUCAUAUAUUUGGACCAAACCUACAUGUCGAGGUGAUAAAACAAAGUCAUAUUGUCCUGAGCUUCCUGGCAAUGGAGGGAAGAAUAUCCUCGACGGACAUGGACACAAUGUGGCAAGCAGCACAAUUGAAACAUUGCGCACGUCCAGUUUAUGACCUACUUGCACCUUUGGUCAAACAUCUAGCGCCGACACCAGUUCUCCAUCUCUACUCAUUGCUGGGGAAACUCGAGCCAAAAGAUCAUACCGAGCAGAGUCUCUUUUUAGCCUCUGCGUUAAUUAAAUUUAUAUGGACAUCAGGCGCUCCAGGAUAUCCAGGCGGGUUGUCAAUUAAAAAUCGCGAUCUAUCACGUGGUCCCGAUGACAUUGACAGCAGUAGCAGCGAUCCCAGUGGUAUGGACGGCAGUAGUCCUGAGGAAGAUGAAGAAGAGCCUAGUCCAGCACCGUCAGAAGGUCCCUCGCCUAGGAAACAAGCUCGUGGUGACAGCAGUGACUGCGAGGGAAAUUGUAAAGGAAAAAGUAUCGAUAGGAUGCCAGUGGAAUCUAAUUUAGAAGUCGAUGAAUUUACUGGUGAUAAAUUAGACCGCAGUACGCCUCCCAUCACCACGAGUCCUAUUGAUGAUGACACAAACACAGAAGUAAGAUUGUACAAUAGAAAAGUAAAGGCUCAAAGUGGCUCAGAUGCAGAAGCUGAUACGGAAAAGUCAGCAGCCGAAGAGCCGAUUAUUCAUGAGAAGAAGAAAAGAAAAAUAUUACGGAAACGUAAAACGCCACAGAAACGUUUGGUCAAUGUGGAGGAAAAUAUACAGGGUAAUAUUGUUGUAUCUGAGGACAGAGAGUCACAGGAUUUGCCAAGCGAGGGACCAGAUUCGUUGGAUGUUGAGGAUAAGUCGAGAAUAGAUAAUUCUGGUUUGGAUUCAACGUCAAAGGAACCCAAGAUAGACACUUUGGACUGCGUUAAACAACAGCAGAGAUCUCUAUUGGAACCCAAUGAUCAACAAGUUCCUACGACGGCCUUACUGAGAAGUACCAGUAAAGACAGUGAUAAAUACAUGUCUUUAGUGGAGCACGGAUCAUUAACAAGGGACCCAGAUUCAAUCGACAGUUCACACGAUGAAGACAGCGACGCUGUGGCAGCUGGUGUUGUCGUUGGAGCUACUGAUCCAACAGGUGCCGUUAUAUCAGAACUCGCGGGUCUUGUUCACGCUACUGGUCAAUCAUUUCUACCUUCUGGGCUGGACGACAUGCUGUCCGAUGAAGAGGGCUCUUACAGCAGUAGAAUUUCCAAUAAAAGUGAAAAAAAUAUGGCGGAUUUCGACGGAGAAGAGAGCGGGUGCGAAGAAGAGUUAGCUCAGCUGGCUGCUAGACACUUGAGUACUAUUCAAAUGCAAGCUUACGCUCCUCAUUCUCACCACCACAGUCAUCAUCAGCAUCACCAUCAUCACCACCAUCACGCUCCCCACGCAAUGACCAUGAGGAGAUCCGUCUUCCGGCCUCCGCAAGUUCGCAGAAGAGCUAUGAGACAGCAGUCCAUGAGCUCGCGACUCGCAUCCCAGUUUAAUUUAGAGACAGUAUGCAAGCCUGGAAACACACUGCUCUGGGAUCUUCUUCAAGACGAUAAAAUUGGUCAGCUGGGCGAAGGAUUGGCUCUUGAAGCAGAGAAAGCGCUUUGUAAUCUUUUGUGUUUCAACGUCGAUCGUUUAAUUCCUAUGAAAUUUAUCGAAGGUUGCUUGGAGAAUCUGGCAGCUAAUCAUUCAGUGGUCGUGUCACUCAGAUUACUACCAAAGUUACUCGCGAGUUUCCAGCAGUUCGGAGCGAUGGACGCGCACACAAUCACUACUUGGGCUGACCGAGAACGCGGUAUGAUGAAACAUUUUUUCAGUAAUUUAAAAGCAUACACAAGUAAUUACGCGAACAAUUCAAAUAAUUCAAAUUCAAUGAAUUUAUAUUCACACCAAACUGAAGUACAAGUGAGAUUACAAUUUUUAUCUUCAAUAUUUUCACCUCUCGGAUCGCCAGAUUGUUUUCGCUUGAGUUUAGAACAAGUAGACAUACUCUGGCAAUGUCUCUCCCAAGAUCCGACGUGUGCUGAUGAACUUUUUAGCUGGCUGCUGAGUCAGGCUAAAUCAACAGAGCAGCAUGCACUUGGAAUGGACACUUUGAAGCAUCUGUGUAUGCGUAAAUUACCGAGUUUACCACCAGAAACAAUCAGCAUGACCGGAUUAAGUUUAUUCCAACAGCUGUGUAAUUUAGCUCGUUUGGCAGCUGCUCAUCUGGAUCGUCCACUAAGAGAAGUUGAUUCUGUGGGAAUGGAUUUUCUGUGGCGAAUAGCUUUGAGAGCUAAAUCAACAGAUGUCAGUAUGGCGGCCAUACAAUAUCUCAAUGGCUACUACAUGUCUCGUCAAUUGACCCAAGAAGCGGAAUUUGUAUCUCAAUGCAUGACUCAUCUGGAAGCGGCAAGCGCGGACUUGGAGAAUAAUGAAGAAGCGAGUCUUCGGUGUAUACAGCGGGCGCUUUUACUUCUCCGUACUCACUUGGAGGCAUUUAGAAAACGUUACGCGUAUCAUUUACGUCGAUGGGCAUUGGAAGGACGUGGAGCUGGUUCUCAUGUUGCCAUGAGCAGUUCUGACAAAGGACAGCACCUGAAAAUUUAUGUACAACCCGCUGGGAUCCCCGACAAAACAACAUUUUCACUGCUAAGUACCGACUACGUUGCCGACUUGAGAGCGGAAGUAGCCAAGUGGUGGGAUGACACACAAAAUAAUAAAACAAAUGCCGAGUCUUCAGCGUCAGGUUCAUCGAAUACCAACUCAUCAGUUCUGGGAACUCUUCUGACAGACGGACCUAUCAGAAUGAUUACUCAAGGCCAGGAGUUGACGUUCGAAUACGACGAGAAGACACUGCAAGAAAUGGGAUUCAAAGAUGGCCAGUUGGUAUUCAUUUCUCUUGGCGCUUCUGGUAAUCGCGGUGGCAACGUCAGUCGAGGAAAACGUGAUGUAGAUUCAGCUUCACUGUUACCUCCACCGCCACGAGAAUCACUGCCAACUUUAUUACUCCUGAAGCAUCAGUACUUCGAGCAGCUGUUUACAUUAAUGAGGACAUUGAGUGCAAUGAAGUCUAUGGUGAAAGGUGGACAGAAAAUACCGCAUACCAAAGCACAAGUUUUAUCUCGCAGAGUAUGGGAUACUCUUAUGCUACUGCCUACCAGCCCGACUUUACUCAGAGGGUUCCAGAAACUCGGAGAAACAUCUCUACCUGAACUACUUGACCCAGCGAGUCCGCAGAAACUUAUGUACUCACUUUACAUCGUCGAGUCACUCAGCAAAAGGAAUCCACCCUCGUCUCCGGUCUCUUGCUCCAAUUCUGUCACGAUAACUCCCGUCCAUGAAGGCGGGGGUGACGCCUCUGAAGAAACCCAAGGUGACAGCAAAGACCAGUCGGUUGCUGAAGACUCAGUACCCUGGGCUACGAACUUUGUUCAGCACGGCGGCUUACGUCAUCUCUUUGACAUCUUCAUGUCCGGGUGUUUAGAACGCGGUGACGGCAGCGAAUGGCAGCAAGACUGUCUCGCGAGUUUACUUAAACAGCUUUGCCAUCUAGGAGUCGUACGUGAAGAAAAGAAACGACCUAAAUCUGAAAAAUUAAUUGUACCGCGAUUGAGUGAUGCGAUGCUCGCCAUGAUGACUGUUGACACGGUGAUGACAAGAAUAACGAGUAUUUUAAACGCCGCUUCUAUGCCGCGCGAUCCCAAUCACUAUAAAACUGGACUUUUUGGAAGGUCGCAAGUGAUUCAUUACACUAUGGCUCUACUUGUCUGCUGGGUUCACAGCGAUCCACGUGUCAGACAGACUCUUUUUUCAUCUUCGGAAUUAUUUGGUAGCACGUGGCUCCGAAGAUUAGUUUUAGAAGACCCUGAGCCAGCGGUACGCCGAGAAGUUUGUACGGCAUUGUAUCGUCUUUGUUUGGGGACAACUGUCCACGAAGAAGACGAAGAAAAAACAAGUGAUAAAGGUGAUAACACUGCGUUGAUUGUCCCAAUGUUGAACACUCUGUUGGAGCACUUGGUAUUCGCUGAAGCGAUGCAACCAUCUCACCGACGUCGGCCUGAUCUUCCUCUGCAUCUUCACUCGGCAAUUCACGAGGACGGCAAAGAACCUUACGGUCCUGCAUGUCGUGAUUACUUUUGGCUAGUGUGUAGACUUGUUGACGCGCUACCUGAUGAAGCCAUCAGAGAAGCCGGAGCUGAUGAGUCUGAGCAAGGAGGCACCAUAGACUUGGAAGCCCUGGCUAGCAGUGUUAUAGACUCGGUACUAAAUCGUGAGCACUUGGAAACUCGUCACAAUACCGUCGAAGACGACGCACUUGUUGGUCUUUUAAAUCUUACAUGCAAUAUUAUGUCACACAAUCCACCAUGCAAACAAUCAAAGAUUGGACAGAAUUUACUUCACCGAGUCUUUGAUUUUCUAUUUGCUCUGCCCAACUCUCGAAUGAAACACGUGCCGAAAUGCAAGAGUCAAGUCUCAAGAUCCGCGGCCUUUGACCUUCUAGCCGAGCUCGCGAAGUCUGCACCCGACAAUUACCGAAUUUUACAUGAAAAACUUCUGACUCAACACAAACCUGGACCACAAUCGCCGUACCCGUGGGACUACUGGCCGCACGAAGACGGUCGUUCUGACUGUGGGUAUGUCGGAUUAACUAAUUUAGGAGCCACCUGCUACAUGGCCAGCUGCAUGCAACAUUUAUAUAUGAUGCCCCAAGCAAGACUCGCGAUACUCAGCGCAGACUGCAAUCGUGCUAACAAACACCAGCUAACAUUAAGAGAACUCCAGAGGAUGUUCGCGUAUCUCCUAGAGUCUGAACGGAAGGCUUACAAUCCAAGAAGUUUUUGCCGUGUCUACACGAUGAAUCACGAGCCUCUGAAUACCGGUGAGCAAAAAGACAUGGCUGAAUUUUUUAUAGAUCUUGUGUCAAAGCUAGAAGAAAUGACGUCAGACUUAAAAACUCUCGUGAAAACUUUAUUUUGCGGAGUUAUUUCUAACAACGUGGUCUCGCUUGAUUGCGAGCAUGUCAGCAGAACUGUUGAGGAAUUUUACACAGUCCGUUGUCAAGUUGCGGACAUGAGAAAUCUUUACGAAAGUCUUGACGAAGUCACAGUAAAAGACACAUUGGAAGGUGACAACAUGUACACGUGUUCACAGUGCGGUAAAAAAGCCAGAGCUGAAAAGCGCGCGUGUUUCAAAAAAUUGCCCCAUAUUUUGUGCUUCAAUACCAUGCGGUAUACAUUCAAUAUGGGUACAAUGUUGAAAGAAAAAGUAAACACGCACUUUAGUUUUCCACUGAGACUGGACAUGUCGGGUUAUGUGGAGAAAAAAUUAAUUCCUCAGCACUAUCGGGAGGAUAAACGUAAGGAAGAGUGCGACAAAACCGAGUGUGAGAAUGAUGAUAAAAUAAAUAUUGAUAAAGACGAUGAUAAUUCGAGGGCUGAGCACUACCAGUAUGAUUUAAUUGGCGUUACUGUUCAUACUGGAACUGCUGAUGGUGGACACUACUACAGUUUUAUUCGAGAUCGUACUUCUGCCAACAAGGACAAGUGGUUUUUAUUCAACGACGCAGAAGUUAAACCUUUUGAUCCCAGUCAAAUAGCCGCUGAAUGUUUCGGUGGUGAAAUGACAAGCAAAACUUAUGACUCGGUGACUGAUAAAUUUAUGGAUUUCAGUUUUGAAAAAACAAAUUCAGCGUACAUGCUCUUCUACGAAUGGUGCGCAGAUCCUAGUUCUGAGCAACACAAAGAAGAGGAAGCUACUGGUUCAAGUCCGUCGGUAGUUGCGACCAUUCAUGAGGAUCCAAAUCGUUUUAAUGAAAAACUUUAUGCACAGUUGGAACUUAAUAAAGAACUGGAAGAUUGGAUUUGGCAGGACAAUAUGCAUUUUCUUCAGGACAAAAAUAUAUUUGAGCACACGUAUUUUAGUUUUAUGUGGCAGAUAUGCGGAUAUAUACCAGGUACUCUGCUGUCACUGUAUCCAGAUGUUACGGAAAUGUCUGCAGAGUUAUCGACUUCGUUUUUCAUGGAGACAUUUAUUCACGCUAAAGAGAAACCAACGAUGGUCCAGUGGGUUGAGUUGCUGACAAAACAAUUCAACGCCUCAGCUGGAGCAUGUGCAAGAUUUCUUGAACGCAUGGCCAGUGAUUCCUGGUGGCCUAUACAAAUUCUAGUCAAGUGUCCGAAUCAAAUGGUGCGUCAGAUGUUCCAGCGACUGUGUAUCCAUGUGAUACAACGAUUAAGAUCCACUCAAGCACCUCUGUACCUGUUGUGUGAAAAUGAAGACGAGUACUCGGACAAUCAGUUCAAUGGCGUCGGUACCCAGUCCUGCGUCACGAGAUUCGUCAGAAUGUUGUUGUCGUUGAUGGAACACGCUAAGCAGCAUCUCAAGCAUCUAACCGAGUACUUUAGUUUCUUGUACGAGUUCUGCAAAAUGGGAGAAGAAGAGACGUUGUUUUUGAUCAGAGUCCAGGCGAUAUCUACGAUGAUUAAUUUUUAUCUUGGACACAAAACCCUCGAGAUGGUUGACACUGUCAGCGAGGAAGAAGAAGAAGAGGAGGAGGAAAUUGUUGUAGCGGUGCCAGCUGAAAAAUUGCGGCCAGCUUCGCUGGAUAAAAUGAUAACUCUGAUAGCAACUCUUGUUGAAAGAAGCCGAGGACCUGAUCAUCGACUAACGCUGUCUCCAGCAGAUCGCAGCGCCGUAGCUGGCGGCAAAGGUUUCCCGUUUUUAUAUCAACAAACUCGCGAUGUUAUUAAUCUUAACCAAACCCGCAAUCUUAUUCAGUCACUGUGCCGGUGGAAUGACAGACUCGCCAUCCAGAUUGUCACCAUGAUCUUUCAAGCCAUCACCAAGCACACGGACACGUGCCAGCCAUUUUUCAAAUUACUUACGCUACUGACAGAAGGCUCUGGUCCCACCGGACUGCCCUCGAUGACUCAGCUGAUCUUGGGCCGCGUUUGGGAUGCCGCGAGAGCUGCGCCUCAUGCAGCCCUCGAGUGGCUAGCGCUCGCAGUCACCAGGAGUAAACUAGCCCACACUUGGGUCCUCCAAGAGCUCGACACCUGGUUGCAACAUUUUUUAAUCGAGCAUUCAAAUCAAAGAGUGCGUUCUGCCGCAGCUUUUCUUCUCGUAUCGCUCGUACCCUCAACUCACUUCCGUCAAGGAUACCGAAGCACUCACCGGCUUGGUCUCGGUUGCAAUUCAACUCGGGAGUUCCAGUUGCCCUCCGAAGCAACAAUAAUACUUCAUCAAAUUUACACAGCAUUAUUAAGAUUACUUCAACCUGCCCGUCAUUUUAUAGACAUACAAACUCACGGUACCAUGAAAUUAACCGCAUACUUUGCAUUGAUGACCUACUGCGUCGUUUCUAAAACCGAAAAACUUAUGUUUGGACAGUAUUUAAAUGAUUUGUGGACAUUAUUCCAUCCGAAAUUAUCGGAACCGAGUAUUCCUGUUCACCACAACAAGCAAGCUGUAUUAUUAUUCUGGCACCAUGUCUGCGUAGACUGCCCAGAAAACGUCACGAUGAUACUUCACAACCCUCAUAUCACCAAGAACAUUGCUUUUAAUUAUAUUCUAGCCGACCACGAAGACCAAGAUGUUGUUUUAUUUAACCGCGUAAUGUUACCAGCUUACUACGGACUCCUGAGACUCUGCUGUCAGCAGUCACGUGCAUUCACACGUCAACUAGCAGCCCAUCAAAAUAUCCAGUGGGCUUUUAAAAAUAUAACUCCUCAUCCUACACAGUAUUCAACGGCCGUCGACGAGUUAUUCAAACUUAUGCACUUGCUGGUGGCACGACAUCCCGACCAAACAGAGCAAGAGGAAGCGGACAUUGCGACAUUCAGACGUGGAACUUUGUCGUCAUAUCUCCAGGGCCUGGAUGGUAGAUCCUGCUGGGCGACACUCAUAUCAGCAUUUAGAAUUCUCAUUGAGUCUGACGAUGACCGUCUCUACGUAGUCUAUAACGGCGGACUGGGAAUGGCUCUUGAGGCCUUCCACAUGUUGCACAUAAUGUACCACGAAGCAACAGCAUGCCAUGUUGCUGGUGACUUAGCAGAAUUAAUCGCCAUAAUAGUCGAUCUUGGUCGAUGCAUGAGAACAGCUCGAGACGGUCCUGAUGCCAGGAGUAUCUUAGCUAAUUGUAAAGAAUGGCCUGAUGUACUUCGUAAACUAGCGACUUUACUCAACACUUAUAAUCCCCCUGAGAUAAGAAACUUAGCUAUCGAAUUACUGAAAGAGUUAGUGAUGAUAGUACCUGCAGAAGCGAUAUUAAUACUCGCACCUUUGCUCUCGCACUGCCAUGCCGCUCUUCAAGAGUCUCAUCCGGCUGUACCACCCGGUCCUUAUUUACCAAGACGUUCUACACCUUCAGGAAAAAUAGCUGCGCGACCAGCAAGGCCUAUGGUUCAAAUGGCAGUACCACACUCACAGCUGGAAGCUACCAAAGGCUCCGAUCCCGAGUACGACAGUGCUCUAUUGGAAUUUUAUCUUCCGUAUCACGAGCUGAUUGAUGUAAUGUGCAGACUGGCCAUAAAUCACGACUGCAUGACUGAAACUCUGGUUAAUUUAAGUGCAAUGCUAGGAUUUGAAGGAGUGCCACUUCAUCUCGCAUUAUUCCCUCGACUGUGGUUAGAUGUCCAUGCAGCUGCUCACAUUGAUCGCAAACAUAUAUCGGCACUUUUAUGUUCCUCAUACACGGUCGACUACGUGGACGCAGUCUUGCUGGACGAAAGAUCAUCACUCGGCGUACCGGCAAUUCACGCCUUCCUCAAGACAUUUUUUCCCAAGCUUGCUAACCACGUGUUAACCGAGCAAACUUGCUCGCUAAUUGACAACUUGGUCAGCAGCCUGAGCACGAUGGUCGAUGCAGUAGAUGUUAAAGCUUCUGCGCACCGACUCACUGGUGAUCUGCGUGCUCUUGUUCUAGUUUACAGCAGUGGUAGUCAAGUGGAACCACCCAAAUCCCUUCAUCAGGCACUAGAGACUCUUCUUACUCGCACCAGAAAUGCGCGGCUUAAAGAAACUAGUCCUCAGCAACAAGACAUUGAAGCCCCCGCUAAAAAACGUAAAUUUACACCCAGCAACGAGUGUGAGGACGACAGCGCCAGGAGAAUAAGUCAGUCUCCUGCGACUGUUGACGAAACACCUGCUGUCAAUCACCAAGAGCAUGAUACCAACGCUGUGAUGGAUGUCGAGGAUAAGAGUAAACCAGCGGGAGAAAAACAAGAAACCAAAUCAACAGAUUCAGGUGAUGAGCGCACGAGUAAUCCAGACAACAGCAAGACAACUGUCAGUAAGUUGUCUCCAAGUGUUGAUGGAACUUCAUUGUCACCCUCGAGUCUUAUGUCUGCUUCGUCAACUGGCAGCCGAACUAACCAGCUAAUGUGUUCUAUGACAAAUGUAUCGUGGUUGGAGAUGCUUGAAAAAACAAUUGUUAAUCUUCAAGUGAUUGUGACAAUGCAAACUAAAAACAAUUAAAUGAAUUUAUUAAAUAUUAUUACGAUAACAAAAAAUAAUAAAUAAUAAUAAUAAUAAUAAUAAUGAUUAUAAUUAUAACUCGAGGUUUGUACAACAAGCCAAUGGUUAAUUUGUUUUCUUCCUCACUCAGGUGAAAAUUAAUUAAAGUAAAUAAGUAAUUAAAAAUAUAAAACAAAAUAAUAAUAAAUGAUUGAUAAUAAACGAGAGUGAGAGAAGAGUGAGGAAGAGUGUGAGAGAGACUGUAAGUUUAUGAAAGUGAGAAUUUAAAAAUAAAAAAUAAAAAAAAAUGAAUUAAUUAAUUAUUAUAAUGAGUGCUCACGGAUUAAUCGUGUGGCGUUUUUAUUGUAAUUGUAUAACACACACAAUUUAUUGGGACUGAACUUUGUGUAUAGCUUUUUGCGAAUUAUUUGCCAGAAUAUAUAUAAAAAAAUUGAUAAAUUAAAUAAUUAUUAUUUUAAAUGGGCACAAGAUUUGUCGUCCUCGAACACGAUUCGUAUGAGUGAAUUUAAUGAUUUUUUUUAUUAUAAAAAAAAAAGUAAUUAAUAAAAUAUUAUUUAAUCUGCUAAUUAUUUCAUCAA